UGGCGCGGAAUGCGGGUGUUUUUCGGUGUGUUUUGAGGCCUUAUCUGAGGGGUCCGCCCUCCGCUCGCGACAACAACAACAACAAGAGCCACCGAAACGGGCCUCGGCUGAGGAGAAAUGUCAGAAAUGCUUCACACGAGCGGUAAAAUACCACCGCGGUUUAGAGCCUGGUGCUAUUUAGAUGGUUUGGUAUAAGCUUGACCGAUGGUAGAGGAAGAAACGCGGCCUUGGUGCUCAGUUUUUGUCGGUUGCUUCGCUAGCUCUCCAGUCAGUCGGUGUUACAACCGCCGCGAAUCUGACUGACAGAUCGAGCCCUUUACAACAGUUUACUAUGGUAACCCGGUUUAACCCAUGUAAAGUAUUAUUCACCACGAUUGUUAUAAAUAAGAAAACGCUCACUAUUUGAAUGGAAACUAUGGGCGCCAUGGUAAAAGUAAUGCUUUACAAAAUCAUAAUGCACUAUUUUACAUUCAUUUUUAUGAUAGUGGUGUAUAAUAUCAAGAUAGGAGUACUUUUGAGACAAUAACCGCCAUGUUGCCAGCAUAAUAACGGUUCACACAGUGAUUGUUAAUACAGUUUGUGUUCUGGAAGCUUCUUGCACUUCUUGGAGGAGAUCCUGUAAUUAUUAUGACUUCACAGUUGGAACAAUAACUGUAAUAGCUAUUAUAAUUUGGUGGAGACUAUGACUAACAUUUCAUCAUGUGAGUGCUUCUGAAUGUUUAGCUGUAAUACAUUAAUAAUACUGAUUUGUGACCCUGGACCACAAAACCAGUCAUAAGGGUAAUUUUUUUUUAAAUUGAGAGUUAUAUAUCAUCUGAAAGCUGAAUAAAUAAGCUUUCCAUUGAUGUAUGGCUAGGACAAUAUUUGGCUGAGAUACAACUAUUUGAGAAUCUGAGGGUGCAAAAAAAUCAAAAUAUUGAGAAAAUCGUCUUUAAAGUUGUCCAAAUAUAGUUCUUAGCAAUGCAUGUUAUUAAUAAAAAAUUAAGGCCGCAGCCCUGCAGAGUUUAGUUCCAACCCUGCUCCAACUCACAUACCAUGUAGUUUUCAAAUAAGCCUUAAUGACUUGAUUGGCUGGAUCAGGUGUGUUUAAUUAGGGUUGCAUCUUAACUGUGCAGGGCUGUGGCCCUCCAGGAACUGAGUUUGGCACCCCUGCUUUAGAAUAUAUUUAAGACAGUUUUACUGUAGGAACAACAACUGCCACACCAACCACCAGAAUACCAUAGUCAUUACCAUGGUGACUGUUCCUAAAUUAUGGGAUCCUCUUUAAGCAUUGUAAAUUAAGAAGCUUUCAGAAUGAGUGCAACUUUCAGCGGCUUUGGUUCUGGUUUUCCCAUUAAUUUUUGCCAUUGGGAUUUUUAAGAGUUAUAAGCCAUGAGACAAACCAAUUAGCUACGAGGACAAGAUUACAAACUUUGAUUUGAAGCAAAAAAGUGUCUGGAAAUCUGAUAAAAAAGAUUUAAAGGGAUAGUUCACCCAAAAAUGAACAUUCUGUCAGUGGCUACCAUCGACUGUUUGGAUACCAUCAUUCUUCAAAAUAUCGAGUUCAACAGAAGAAAGAAACUCAACUUGAGGGUUUCAAUGACAUAACACUGAGUGACACCAGCAGUGCGGGAUCAUCCAAAACAAACCUCACCUCAUUGCUUUUAGGACUUUGACUGACGUCUGCAAGAGAGAGCGAACAAGUGGAAGAAGACACAACAGUGUUGCACCCGCACUCCUUCACCGGGGCUAUGGAGGAGGAGGGGCAGCAGAGUCUGGAGUGCAUCCAGGCCAUUCAGAUCUUCCCUCGCAAGCCCCCUGUCCUGGACGAUGACGAUCUUCAGGUGCCCUUCCCAGAGCUGCAUGGAGAGUGUACGAAGUUCGUGGGCAGGGCGGAGGAUGCCAUCAUUGCCAUGUCCAGCUACCGCCUGCACAUCAAGUUCAAGGAGUCGCUUGUUAAUAAUUGUUCGUGUGAGGUGUCAGUUCCCCUGCAGCUGAUAGAAAGUGUAGAAUGUCGGGACAUGUUCCAAAUGCACAUCACCUGCAAAGACUGCAAGGUCAUCAGGUGUCAGUUUUCCACAUUUGAGCAGUGUCAGGAGUGGCUGAAGAGGCUGAAUGCUGCAGUCCGUCCCCCAUCCCAGAUAGAGGAGCUCUUUUCCUUCGCCUUCCACGCGUGGUGCGUGGAGAAGGAGCAGCAUGGGGAUCUGUGUAGGCCAGGUGAUCACGUGAUGUCACGUUUCCAUAACGAGGUGGAGCGGAUGGGCUUCGACACUCAGAACGCCUGGAGAGUGUCUGAGAUCAACAACAAGUACAAGUUGUGCUCCAGCUACCCUCAGCUGCUGCUGGUGCCAGCCUGGAUUACUGAUAAGGAGCUGGAGAAUGUGGCGGCCUUCCGAUCCUGGAAGAGGAUUCCGGCUGUGGUUUACAGGCACCAGAGCACAGGGGCAGUGAUCGCUCGCUGUGGUCAACCUGAGGUCAGCUGGUGGGGCUGGAGGAACGCAGAUGAUGAGCACCUGGUGCAGUCCAUCGCCAGAGCCUGUGCCGUGGACAGCAGUUCCUGUAAAGGCGUCUCCAACGGCUCCUUCUCCCGCGAGUACACCAACGGAGGCGAUCUCUCAGAUGUGGACUUCGACUCGUCUAUGACUAACAGUGCAGAGGUAGAGACACUGGCCAUCCAACCGCGAAAGCUUCUGAUCCUGGACGCCAGGUCAUAUGCUGCUGCCGUAGCCAACAGAGCCAAAGGAGGAGGGUGUGAAUGCCCAGAGUACUACCCUAACUGUGAGGUGGUGUUUAUGGGUAUGGCCAACAUCCAUUCCAUCCGUAAGAGUUUCCAGUCUCUGCGCUUCCUCUGCACACAAAUGCCUGAUCCAGCCAACUGGCUGUCUGCUCUGGAGAGCACAAAGUGGCUGCAGCAUCUGUCCCUCCUGCUCAAGGCAUCUCUCCUCGUUGUGAACGCCGUGGACCGCGACCACAGGCCCGUGCUGGUGCACUGCUCAGACGGCUGGGAUCGCACCCCUCAGAUAGCGGCGCUGGCCAAACUCCUGCUGGACCCGUACUACCGCACCAUCGAGGGUUUUCAGGUGCUGGUUGAGACCGAGUGGUUGGACUUCGGUCAUAAGUUUGCAGACCGCUGUGGUCACGGAGAAAAUGCGGAGGACUUGAACGAGAGAUGUCCUGUCUUCCUGCAGUGGUUAGACUGUGUGCACCAGCUCCAGAGACAAUUCCCAUGUUCCUUUGAGUUCAACGAAGCCUUUCUGGUGAAACUAGUGCAGCACACAUACUCGUGUCUGUUCGGGACAUUCCUGUGUAACAGCGGGAAGGAGAGAGAGGACAGACACAUCCAGGAAAGAACCUGCUCCGUUUGGUCUCUCCUCAGAGCCGCCAACCGCUCCUUCAGAAAUAUGCUGUACUCCUCUCAUUCAGAGACCGUGCUUCAUCCUGUGUGUCACGUACGCAAUCUCCUGUUAUGGACAGCAGUUUACCUACCCAGCUCUUCACCCACAACCCCUUCAGAUGACUCCUGUGCCCCCUACCCUGCACCUGGUGCCAACCCUGAGGACCAGCCCCUCAGCAGGCGUCCUAAAACCCGCUCGUUCGAUAACCUGCCCAGCGCUUGUGAAGUCGGAAACCCACUGGCCUCCAAUCGACGUUCCAGCGACCCCAGUUUGAAUGAGAAAUGGCAGGACCAUCGCAGGUCUCUGGAGCUCAACAUCGGGACAGGAGCUGACGGUGCUGCAUCUCCAGACUCAGAUGAGAGGGUCAAUGGACAAACCGUGGUGGGGCUUAUGGGAACAUUGCCCAAUGGGGGCACAGAGAAUGGGGAGUGGCUCGGGGAUGUCAGGUUGCCAAUGAUGGAAGGCGUCGACGAGGCGGAGCUGACAGUUGGUGUGGCUGUGGGCCAAAUGGAGAACAUUCUCCAGGAAGCUACAAAAGACGAAUCGCCACCAGAUAGCCACAGAGACACAAAGACAGACCACACUAACAAAACCUCCGCUCUGAACGGACAGAGUGAUGAUGUUGAAAGUUCAGAAGAGGGUAGUGUUGAGGCACAGCUAACUGCUGAUGCUCAGGAGAGCAAAGCUAAAAGCCUUGGAGAUGCAAAUGUCAAUGGAGAUUUUUCAGAAGACGGUAGCUUUGAAGCAUCUUCUGCUCUCAGCCAGGGAAGCCAAGACUUAGAAGAAGUAGUCGAGAAAUGCACGAUACAAGAACACAAUCCUUCUCAUAACACAAAUAAUUUCCCUCCCAGUGGCCUCAGGACUGUGAGUAACGGCCAUGGGCUAGAAACCAUUGAGCAGGAGAAGCGUCUUUCUCUUUUGGAGAGCUCCACAGAGACGCUUACGGAGGACUUGGGCGUUCGGCCUGAGAGUCUGGGACCUUUAACUAUUCCACCACCUCUUAAAACCCUCGCCGAAUCAUCGUGCCUCAAACAGGGUCUCCGCGCCUCAACUGACCCCAGGACUUUAAACAACAUCCCCAAACGGCCGUCUCUCAGUGCCUUUCCUCCCUCCACUGACCUCCUCCACCCGGUGUGCAACGGAGACUCCCCAGACCCCGAGCCCUCCACGCCGCAAUGGGCGGCGCGCACAAACGGGGAACGGGCCACACUCAGCCGGCAGGUGUCGCUCGCCAGCUGCGGCUCGCUGACCCUCCACGCACGGGGCGCCUGCUCCCACCAUCGCUGCCUGCACUUGGGGUUUCUGGGCCGGCCGAGCUUCAGCCCCCCAGAACCCCCUUCGUCCCGGAGCCAUCUAGACGACGACGGGUUGACCCUGCACACGGACGCCGUGCAGCAGCGGCUGCGGCAGAUUGAGGCCGGUCACCAGCUGGAGGUGGAAGCUCUGAAGAGGCAGGUACAGGAGCUCUGGAGCCGUCUGGAGAGCCACCAGGCCGCCGGGAUGCUGCGACUCAAUGGAGACAUGGGUGAUGAAGUGACCUCAAUCACAGACUCCGACUUCAACCUGGAGCCCAACUGUCUGUCCCGCUGCAGCACUGAACUCUUCUCUGAGGCCAGCUGGGAGCAGGUGGACAAACAGGACACUGAGGUGACCCGGUGGUACCCGGAUCAUCUGGCCGCUCAGUGCUACGGCUGUGAGAGAGGAUUCUGGCUGGCCACUAGAAAACACCACUGCAGAGGCAAGGAGCGUAUGGAAGAGGUUUGGAAUUGUGGGAAUGUGUUCUGUGCCAGCUGUUGCGAUCAGAAGAUCCCGGUGCCAAGCCAGCAGUUGUUUGAGCCCAGUCGCGUGUGUAAGUCGUGUUUCAGCAGCCUGCAGACUCCCGCACCACCCCUGAACAUCGAGCUGGACAAACCCAUCACCGCCAGCUCCAACUGAUCCCAGACGCACCGCUGCUGAGGACACAGAGACGCUCCAGAGACUGUUGUGUGGGGCCGAAAACGCUUCUUUCCCACUCGAAAGGGAAUCAUGUGUAUAUAUGGAACGAUGAGGAGAGGAGGCUUAGCACUUUCAGAAGAGACAGAGUGCGAUUUGAGAGCUCGUCUUCAUUUGCGAUGAAACUUGUCCUGUACCUGCUGCAUAGAGGGAAGCUUUUCUCCAACGGACGGUGUGCAAAAGUAGGAUUUCUUCCCUCGUCAUCUCACUAAGAUAGAUUAUCAAUGGCGUUCCUGAGAAAGGUGCUGCUGGGACGAGACCGCAAGAUCCUAGUGUGUUUUUUUUUUUUUUUUUUUUUUUAAAGUUCUCAUCUCUUUGGCGGGCUUUAUUUUUAUUUUUUAUUUUUUCUUCUUUUUUUGAGGUGAUUCUGGACGCCACAGCGAACGCAUCCAAUUUCCCCCUUAAUUACAGACUCUUGUUAGAUUCUUUCUGAGAUUGAAAGCUCUCUCCCUCUGGCUAAUGUUGACUGUAUAGUGACGGGCCGCUAGAUGGCACUCUUGUUUUUCUGAUCUGCUGUGUUGGACGUUGGCCGACGUUCUCACUAGUGCAUUUUUUUGUAACAUAAAUGCGAGACAAAUGAGAUAAUAUAUUAGAAUGAUAUAAGAAUGAGACGUAUAGCAUUUAAGAUGAGAAAUUGUAUAGAAUUCUUAAAUAGUGGCUCACUAAAUUAGUCACCAAAUAUAAGUUGUGUUGUUUUUCCCCAGUUGUAGCCAUUUGGGGUUUUUCUUUUUAAUGUAUUUCUUAUGUUUCUCCCAGCGACGCUGAACAGACGAAUAGAGAUGUUGUAUGUGGAGAGAGAUAUUGUAUGAGAUAUGCUGCGGUAGGGCCCCUUUUUGUUUUGUUUUUUUCUUCCCAGCACUUAUUUAUUAUCAGGUUUAUUUCGUUUGAAUCGUAUGUUCAAUCCUGACAAUUGCUAGACCACAGGAUAAUCAGUGUUGAUGGGUUUGAGCUGCGUUUGCACUGAAGAUGAAGCCCCUUCCUCACACACAUGACGCACAAAUCACAAUCAAAGUCUCUUUUGUUUUGCUUCCCAUUUUAUUUGCUUUUUGGAGGUUCAUUCAGACAAUUCCCUCAAUCAGGAGUUCACUAUUUACUCACCCUUAUGUUGUCUUUUCCUCUCAAAAUUAGGAUUUUGGAGACACUUUAUGCAGCUCUUUUCCAUUUGAUGACAGCGACUGCAAGUGUUUCUUUUUUUGGAGCUUGAUGUCUAUGAAAAAGAGCGCCAUAAAUCUUUAAAACUCCUGUAAAUAGCAAGAGGAUGAGUAAAUAAUGACCAUUUAAAUUUUUUGCGGUGGCCUAUAACCUUGUCAUGGGUCUCGCCGGUGACGCGAGGGUUCAGAGCCGUGAUGAUGGGCGUUAAUUCUAAAGCUGAUGACAUCUGUGCCGCUCUGUAGAGUGUUUCGAGUGUCGGCGGUGGGACAGCUUUUGCAUUAACGCCAAUCCAUGAAUGUGAAUUUUUUUUUUGUUUGUUUUCCAGAAAGGGUAAAUUCCAUGGGUUUAUAUUUUGCACAUUGGUAAUCAUCAGAAAUACACUGUCGCAGAUUUCUGUAAGAAUAAAACAGUGGAAUUCCAAA